GGGAAAGAAAAUGUUUUGGUAGAAAAAUUAAUCGUAAAACAGAGAAGGCGUCAUCUCUUCUUCUUCAGUCACCUUAGGGUUUCGCUUUUAUUCGAUUCCCUUCAGAAUUUCCCAAAUCUUCCAUUGUUUUGUGUCUGCAACUCUCAAAAUCGAAAAUUCACCAUCUCUCUAUCCGUUUGAGUAGAAACCUUUCAGUCUCGGCGUUGCAUUUGUUUGCAUAUAAAUGCAUCUCAAAUAGCAUAGGCAUGGUGGAAUGGUGCUUCCUUUGACCAAAUUCAUUUUGUUUCGUAACCAUUUCUUCAGAAAGUUUUCACCUUUACACAGGAUUUUUCAAGGGCAUGUCUGCUUUGAGCAGUUUCCUUUUCUGCAAAAAUUUUCCACUUCUGGCCACUGUGAAAGACUAUCAUGGGAACGUUCCACCGAAGAAAUUCUAUUGGGGAAGCUUAAAUUUGCUUUGAGGAAUCACCAGGUGCAAGAAGCAUGGGAAUCAUUUCAUGAUUUUAGAAGCCUUUAUGGUUACCCUGAGGUUCAUCUAGUGAACCAGCUCAUUGUUCAACUGUCUUAUUCUUCUAAUCAUGCUUGGAUGAGAAAAACUUGUGAUUUGGUUUUGCAGAUUGUUAGAGAGAAAUCAGGUUUACUUCAUGCUGAUACGUUAACCAAACUUGCACUGUCUCUAGCUAGGUUGCAAAUGACAUGCCCUGCCUCAGUGGUUCUUAGAUUGAUGCUUGACAAAGGGUGUGUGCCCUCUAUGCAUUUGUUGUCUUUGGUUGUUUUUCAUAUUGCGAAGACAGAAAUUGGAACAUAUCUUGCAUCUAAUUAUCUGUUUCAAGUUUGUGAUUUUUACAAUUGCUUGAAUGAUAAAAAGGGUAACCAUGCGGUCAAGGUCGAGCUGGAUACCUUGGUCUUUAACCUUGUUCUUGAUGCUUGUGUGAGGUUUAAAUUGUCUUUGAAAGGCCUGAGCCUAAUUGAAUUAAUGUCAAUGACUGGGACCGUGGCCGAUGCACAUUCGAUUGUGAUAAUUUCACAGAUUCUAGAGAUGAAUGGUUUGAGAGAUGAACUGAAGGAAUUGAAAGAUCAUAUUGGCAGAGUUUCGUCUGUUUAUGUUUGGCACUAUCGUCAGUUUUAUGAUAGUUUGUUGAGCUUGCACUUUAAAUUUAAUGACAUUGAUGCUGCUGCUAAGCUUGUUCUGGAUAUGACUAGCUCGCAUAACUAUGAUGUUAAAAAAGAAUGUGAGAAACAUUUGCAAAAGCCUUGCUUUAUUGCCAUUGGAUCUCCUUUCCUUAGGACUGUCUUAAAGAUACAUAUUGAACCUGAGCUACUGCAUAAGGAUUCUGUCCUUAAAGUGGAAAGCAGACAAGAUCUUAUUUUCUAUAAGGGUGGGAAACUAGUUCUUAGUAAUAGUGCUCUGGCUAAAUUCAUCAGUGGUUACAAGAAAUAUGGGAGGAUUGGUGAACUUUCAAAACUUUUACUUAGUAUUCAAGGGGAACUAAAUUCAGUGGCAGGGUCCAGUUUGUGUUCUGAUGUAAUUGGUGCUUGUAUUCAGUUAGGAUGGCUUGAGUGUGCUCAUGACAUUUUGGAUGAUGUUGAGGCCACUGGUUCUCCAAUGGGCCGGGAUACAUAUAUGUUACUUGUGUCAGCAUAUCAGAAGGGGGGAAUGCAAAGAGAAACAAAGGCACUACUGAAACAAAUGAAAAAGGUUGGUUUGGACAAAGGAUUAUCUGAUGAUGCUAUUGAUGAACACAACCUCUGUGAAGAAACAUUAAAUUCACUUGGUAAAGCUGAUUUGGCAAUCGCCUUGGUUCAAAUAUUGAAAGAUGAAGAUCAGACAGUUUUUCCUUUGGUGUAUAACUUAAAUUCUUCCAUUUUCUUUUUCUGCAAGGCCGGAAUGAUAGAGGAUGCACUAAGGGCAUAUAGAAGAAUGGUCGACAUGAAAAUUCAACCCACAAGUCAAACUUUUGCUUUUUUGAUGUGUGGAUAUUCUUCUCUUGGUAUGUAUCGGGAGAUCACAAUUUUGUGGGGAGACAUUAAGAGAUUCAUGAGGAGUGGCAAUUUAGUGGGAAAUAGAGAUCUGUAUGAGUUACUGCUGCUAAAUUUUCUUCGAGGUGGUUACUUCGAGAGAGUGCUGGAGGUCAUUAGCCAUAUGAGAGACCAUAACAUGUAUCCUGACAAAUGGAUGUACAAAAAUGAGUUCCUUAGACUUCAUAAGAAUCUUUAUAGGAGCUUAAAGGCAUCAAAUACAAGAACUGAAGCACAAAGCAAACGGCUUGAGCAUGUUCAAGAAUUUAGGAAAUGGGUGGGUAUUGAUUAAAGGUCUCUGGCAAAUAUUCAUGUGUCGAUGUACCUCCAUGUUUUCCAGCAAAAACCUGGGUGUCUGAACCUUGUGAAUGUUAUGUCUGCUUAGGCUUAUUUGAAGUUUAUUUAAUUAUGGUUGUGGCUCAAAUCUAUCACCCCUGGAAUUAAGUGGAAAUUUGGUUUCAUUAAUCCCCCAUCCUAUCAAGAUCUUAAGAAUGAAUUUCCUCGUAUGGAUGGUGUAUUUCCCAAUAUGAAGUGGAUACAUUGAAUGAUCUCUCAUCGUACAACUCAUAAAUUCUGCGAAGUGGUGGGUACUGCUCAUUGAUGAUGUUCUUUUUUGGUUGAAAGAUGGCAUGUUGCUGCCUGCUUGUUUUAGAGGUUGCGAAUGGAAUCAAUUGUACUUAUUUGCUAUGUAGUUGGAAGAAUUCUGACAGAAAGACCUUUUCACUUCACUUGUUUGUGGCUGAUGAAUUGAUGAUGCUUAUUGUGCAGCAACUAACGUUAUACCACAUUUUAGUUGAAUGGAAGUUGGAAGGAAUGAAGGAUUUAUAACUACAUGUAUUAGCCCAUUGUUACACUCAUGGGAGGAACACCAUUUUGUGUGAGACAAUGAAAUAAAGGGUAAUUUUUUCUUCAAAGAAAGUUGUUAUAAUGAGAGUAAAAACGAACUCUUGGCUGGUAUAUUUGAACUGCUGCAAGGUGCAUGGUGGUUAAUCUUUGUUUUGGUUGACAUUACAAUUAUUAGUAAACUUUCCGCUCCUUCAUGCUAUUCCAAUGCAGAUGUACAAGAUGUUAACUUCCUUCUCUGACAUCAAUUAGUGAUCUUCACUAAGCUAAUCUUUGUUUUGGUUGGCAUUUCCUGAUGAAGUAUUAUGCUGGCUCUUUGAAACAGUGAAAGAGAGUACUAUUUAUUUGACCCAGCAACAGUUUUGUUUAUUGAAAUGAUGAAGUCCCCCAGAAAACUCCUUUGCAAAUCAAUUUAAAAUGCAUGUCAUUCUGUCCAUUAGUAA